UCGCCGUAUCGACUCGACCACCUUUAGACAGUUUCAGUUGUUGUAUAUCAAGCAGAAUUACCAGCCUGUAAGUGCAUGAUAUACUGUAAAAUCCAUGAUGUUUUUUCUUCUUGCCGAAGUGAAUGUUUUUUUAUUGAAGUCGAAAAUCCUUCUAGUCCACGCAGAGGUUGCGGUUGUAACCAGCUGCCUGAGAAAAGGUUUUUUCUGAAACUAAGUAACGACGUACUACUAGUAGUCAAAGUCUUCAUUGCCCUGGAUUAUAGAGCCUGCUCGAUCUGCAUCUCUUCAUCAAGACGCAGAGUCUUUCUUUCCGGUGCGCAGCACCAGAGCUCUGCACGAGUGAAGGAUAAAGAAACUCUACAGAAGUCUCCGCCUGGACAUCACAAAGCAUUGUCGUGUCUCCGGUAGCGCAUACCCUCCAGAGGACUUUGCAGCGGCGAGCAACCCUGAAACAGUUUUGGCAGUGCGACGCGGCGACGAUGGCUCCAAUUUAGAAACCGGUCAUGGCUGACGACGAAGUAGGGCUUCCUGAACCGCCUCUGGAGGUGCCGGAAGGUGCAGCUGCGGCUGACGUUGAGGAGCAAGCGUCGCCGCUGUUGAGUCCUGUGUUACCGCACCCGGACUCGGAAGAGGGUCACCACGGCGUGGUGCCAGAAGCAGAUUUGACAGACAAACCGGUAAGAACAGGACUUCUAGUCGUGCAUGUUGAAAGUGAUUUAUGUGAAGCAGACACGGCCGUCGCCAUGGAUGUUGUAGCGCUGUUUCCUCUAGCCUGAGUGAAGAAUCUUAGUGCGUUAAAUUUCAAAGCGUCAAAGUUAGUAGCCAAAGGCACAGCAGACGUAAUAAAAAUGAUCGAAAACAUAAAACAGGUCGAAGACAACACGCUUCAUUACUCGGCUGUUGAAGAGGUUUCCCUGCUCGCCGAUGAAGACGGCGAACAGGAACAGGAUCGGGCCGAGCCGGAAAGUUUUGCGUUUUCCGACGCUGUUUCCGAGGACGAGGACGCGGCUCAACAACAUUUGAGAAGGAACCUCGCGAGCGACGGGAAGACAAACUUAAACGCAACCUCCAACCUCGUCGAUGUCGACGACUCUUUCGAGAUCCGAGGCGUGCUCAGCGGCGCAGUGCCGGCCGGCCCUUUUGAAACCUCCGUCUCGGAUUUCUCGUCCGAUGGUUUCCCGGACUCCGCCAGCGGGGGUGCAGCUCCCAAGCGCAGAAAGCUGCUGCUGGAACACGAGACACCGCACAAUGUGAAUGCCGAGCGGUUUUCCUAUCCUGUUUUCGAUAGGCGCGAGUUGUAUCACGCCGGGAACAACGGGAGUGGUCUUGAAAAUAAGCACCAGAUCUGCAGCUUCGUGAACGAAGACCGCGACGGCGACGAUGCUGACAUUGACGACGACCUUGAGGAUUUCGGUCUCGAUCGCGAAUCUGACCAGGCCCAAUCGUUGCCAUCCAGCGCAAACGCGUCGCGGACCAAGUUGAUCAGCGAUCCCAUCGUGAAAAGCGCCGGACGAGCUGCAUCGUCGUCGUCCAGCAAAGGGACUGCAGAAAAGCCUGGGUGCGGCGCAGAAGGAGUAGGCCAAGAGUUUGCUGCAACUGUUGCGGAGGGAAUCAAACAACCAGCGUUUUCGCCAGUGCCGGCAGGGGCCGACGGUACUUGCUCAUUUUCAUUGUGCGCGAUGAGUUAGAAAAGCUCGAAUAGCUCUCGUAGGGUUGUCUAUCGCUAUGUGAUGUAUGUAUGAAAAAUUGUAACAUGGCGAAAAUAAAUCUUUUCCGCAGCUCAGCUCUUCGUCUACCUUGUAAAUAAAGUUGAAGAUGACAUUUCAAAUAUUCGGACCAGGUGGGCUUUCGCGGCAGCGCUCAGGGGAGCAUGCACGACUUAGCAAGUGCGAACGCGAAAAGGGAAUUGCCAACAACUCCGCACGGAUAUCUGCCGUUUCCCCGAUUUCAUACCGGUCAAAUGCCCCGUCCGCCGCUAGCCGUGGCAGCAGUAUUUUGAUGACAGUUCUCUGUUUUGUAAAUUGUAUAUGCAUCAUGUAUGAGCAUGAUGUACCUAACUUGUCGUUUUCCUGAGAGUGAAGAGUGGAACCUUUCCUCAGUUCACGCACAGCUUUGUGUUUGUGAUGUUCAACACUUUCACCACAGAUCUUGCUGACCAAGAGAUUCUGAACUCCAUCGGGGGUAGAAGUGGAGCCGACUACGUCGCCAGAGAAUCGCGCAGCGGCGAGGUCGAAGUCGGUGGGUCUGGACCGUCGCGCUCCUCCAAGCGCGCCCGGUCGGUGGAUCAGGAGUUUGCACUGGAUACGCAUAACCACAAGCAAUUCAAAAGCGGCGACAGUGGCAAUCCUGCAGCAACGGCUGAAAACGAACAGGAGCAAGACCUAGACAAAACGAAGUAUGGCGCCACCGACAGCGACGGGCACGAGGGAGAGAAAAAGCCCGCCCCUGCAGCUACAUCAUCUGCGUCCACUGCACCCGCUGCCGUUGUCGAAAACGCCGUGGCAAACCUAAACGCGUCCUCCGUCGACGACUAUGAGACGCCCCUGUUCGGGCCAGACCCCAAUGAUAUGUACGGCUUCGCGUUGGCGCCGAAAGCCAAGUCGAAAAUCGGACGGCAGUCUUCGAAAGCCGCGCUCGAGAGGUCCGGCCUGGCGGAUUACCCCGGCGUUAGUGCAGGUGGUGACGCUCAAGAAAUGGCAGACAUCACGCCGAGCUCCAUGGCCAUGUUGAAAGAGCAGCUGAAGAGCGUUGCGGAGACCGGCCGUGUCGUUAGUCCCGAGAAAGUACUUGCGGAAAAACAAGCGAAAUCCAAGAACAGUUCCGCUGAAAGUGAGCCAGGCCCGCGUGGGCCCGCCUCACCAGCGAAAACCGGUAUCCGACCUUCAUCGAAGGUCGCGGCAGCACCGCAGGCGGUCGUCGCGCAACCGCAACAAGAGGAGUUACAUUCGCUACCGCGCCAGCGAUCGUCCAAAAGCCUCACGGGCCGGCUCAUACAACCACCAAGUGUAGUGGUCAACACUGCGAAGAAGGAAGAUCAUGGUACCGCUGAAGGUGAUGUGGAGAUCCCUUCCGCGGAAGUUGAACAGGAUCAAGAGCUUGCCGUGCAGGAAACCAAAAGGACUUCUGAGAUAAAAGUCCGUGCAAACUUGAUGGUGAUGCCUGCACUGAAGGGAAAGGGCAAAAGCAAAGAUGACGCGCCAGCACCGCACGACCAAGAAGCUGCACAAAAGGGCUUGGAUUUUUCGCAUCCACAGCCUGCGUCUUCGUCUUCGGCCAGCAGCAAGAGUGCCUACAGCCAUCUCCCAACCUCCACGCAUGCCCAUUUCCGGGCAAAGCGCAAGUCCGCACACCAAUCGCAGCUACAGCAGUUGCAACAGCAACUGCCACAAAAUCUUCGGGAGGAAAUUUACGACGACUGCACCGCAUUGACGCAUUUGGACGAGCUGUCCAUUCUCGAGAAUUUACGGAAGCGGUACGCGCAAUUCCAGAUCUACACCUCCGCGGCGAAAGUCUUGCUCGCGGUGAAUCCUUUGACAAAGGGGAAGGAGAUCGACGCGCUGUACUCGGACGAGCGGAAAUGCUUGUACCAGGACAACGACACGCGGCUGAAACAGCCCCCCCACCCCUACGGGGUCGCGGACGCGGCCUACCGCCAGAUGCUGCACGAAGGCCAGUCCCAGGUGCUCAUCAUCUCCGGGGUGUCGGGUGCGGGCAAAACGGAGACUGCGAAGAUCGCAAUGGGGUAGAUACUUUAAAUUGUGUUUCAAUCGCUAAGUUAGUAGAAAACCAUUGCCCUGGCACAUCGUCAUCUUCUCCUUUUUGAUCGUGGUCUAAAUUCCUGCUCCCUGUUGUGGAAAGCAGUUUUUUUAUUUUGCUCGCAAUAAAAAUUUCGAAUCUUUUCUUCAUACUAACUUCAGGUACCUGGCCUACCGUUCCCGGUCGCACGAGAUGGAGGCUCUGCAGCUUGCGCAGAAGAUGCUCGAUGUAAAUCCGGUCCUGGAAGCUUUCGGAAACGCUGCUACGGUACGGAACUGCAAUUCGUCGCGAUUCGGCAAGUACAACGCACUCCUCUUCAACGUCGUCGGCCAUUUGCAGUCCGCCGAAAUCCGCGCGUUUCUUCUGGAAUCCUCUCGCGUCACUAGUUACGGCCAGGGCGAGCGGUCGUACCACGCUUUUUACGAGCUCCUCGCCGCUUGCGACGAAGAAUUUCUUGCGGACCAUGGGCUGUACCCGACGACGAAAUCUUACCGCCUGGCGAAGGAGGAAGACAUCGGCCGUGGCGCCCCCCACGGCGUGUUCAAGCGCGACGACGCUGCGAACUUCUUGUCCUUGCAAACGGGGCUGCAAAACGUCUUUCCGUCGGAAAAGGGCGGAGUAGAGCCCAUUUUCAAACUGCUCUGCGGUCUCAUCCAUCUGGCGGAGAUUGACAUUGUGAACGUGGAGCAAAACCUCGCCUCUGAUGCGCUCCGGUUAGACAAUGAGGCGAGUGUCGAGGCGGCUGCGACGAUUCUCGGUAUGGUGUCUGUUGCUCUUGAAUUCUGUUCAUGAUCAUGAGUUGAUCUUGAUGUUGAACACUUUUCAUCAUUUUCUCUUUUUACAACAGGUCGCUGGCCAUUUUUUCAAAUUCGGCUGACUUUUUUUUUCGCGUCAAUCACCUGCGCCCGCUACCUGCUGGUCGUUAGCCGUGAAAACAAGGAUUUUUCUUUUUUUUCAUGCGUUUUGCAUUUUUCACACGGACUCCUGGAGCGUCGAAAACUGUGACUGUGUUUGUGUAAAAAAUGCUCGUUGAUCCCAACAUGAAAAUAAAACGCUCAGGACUCAGUGUGGACAAGCUGACAGAGGUUUUGACCACGAAGUGGGUGGUGAUUGCGGGUCGCGACUCGUACCAGGUCGCUCGCACCCAGCCCCAAGCCAUCGGGCUGCUGCACAGUUUGAGCAAGUUUCUCUACCGCAAGCUUUUCGACUACGUGGUGACGAACGUGAAUGCUUCCCUCCACGGGAAAGACCAUUCCACCAAGCGGAACAACUCUCCGAAUUUGUCCGCGAGUUUGUCACCGAACGACAUCAACCCGGAUCUUGGCAUCGGUACUAGCAACCUCCCGCCCCACCAGCAGACCAUCGGAAUCCUCGACAUCUACGGUUUCGAACAACUCGAAGCGAACUCGUUCGAGCAGUUGUGCAUCAACUUAGCGAACGAGCAUCUGCAGCAGUUUUUCAUUGACAAUGUGCUCCUCGGGGAGCAGGAGCUCUACAGCCGCGAAGGGCUGAAGUGGACCAGCAUCGACGUGCCGCAGUGCGGUCCCUGCGUCAGCGCGAUCGCGGAUUGCUUCCGCAUGCUGGACGACGCGUGCUUCCGCGUGGGGCGCAUGUCGCAAAAGGAGGUCACGGCCGCGACCUACACGCAGAACGUGCACGUGCACUUCAAGACCGGCGAGCGCGCCCGGCAGCACGGCAUCGUGAAGGAGCCGAAACGCGGUCGGGGGGUCACCGAAGUAGACAGCAUCCUGAAGUCGGAGGGAUUCGUGAUCACCCAUUUCGCCGGUGACAUCACGUACCACACGGCCGGGUGGCUGGAGAAAAACAACUCCCGGUUGGACGCGGAGCUGGAGAAAGUGGUCGCACUCUCGAGCAACUCUCUCGUGUCCAAAUUUGUGCUCGAAGAGUCGGACAAAUUCCAGGCCUCGCCGCGGAAUCUGCUGGCGGACGGCAGCAACUUGAAUCGCGAGCAAAUCGACGUGAUUGGGCGCGCCAAUCGCAAGGGCGCCAACGCGACGCUGGCCACGUUUGACUCCGUGAGCCGCAAGUACCUGGGCGACUUGCAGGCGUUGAUCACGACCCUGCAGGAAGCGAACCUCCACUACAUCCGCUGCUUCUGCCCGAACGCGGUGCAGGAACCGCACUUUUUCGACAAACCCGUGGUCCUGAACCAGAUGCGCGAGUCCGGGACGUUUCAGCUCGUCGACAUCAUGCACCGCGGGUACCCGCACCGGUGCGACUACAAAAUGCUGGCCGCGAAGUUCCAGUCCACGAUCAAACUGCCGGACGAGUUAUCAAAUGUAAAAAUGUCUGGGUCUGGAAGAUUGCCAGGUGCAGGUUUGUCAUGCACAUUUUGCAUGACUCCUGAUGUCUGUGAUGCAUGCCCUAGCAUCACAGAUUUUGUAACGGCUUCCUGAUGCCUAUACCGCAUGACAAAUGCUCUUUCCGUGUAGCAAAACUUGGACUCUCUUUGCUGCUCAUGCAGUACAGAUUUUUUUAGAGUCCAAAAUCUGCAUGACAAGUUGGACUCUUCCAGACCCAGACACUUUUACAGUUGACACGAGUAUGAGGCCUACGACGCCAGAACGUUCAUCGACCUGUUGAUGCUGGUCCUGGAAGUCCCGAAGUGCGACUACGUGAUGGGCAUCUCGAAAUUGUUCCUCAAAUCGGGGAAGCUCGCGAUUCUGCAGAAAUUGUUGGCCGACAACGCGAGUCUGCAGGUGUCCGCCGACCUCCGCCGGUUCUUCACGAAGAAGAAGCUGAAACGCUGCUUGCUCGCUGUCCGGUUCGCCGUCUUUUUGAAAACAUUCAUCAAGAAGUGUCGCCGCGAAAACCUCGAAAAGGGGAUGGUCAGUGCGGCGCGCACCUUCGUGCGGUUGGUGCGGUGGCGCAGGCGUGCGCAGCGCCGCCUGAAAUCCGAGAGCAACGUGACGACCCUGGUACGCGGGAUUCGCCUGCAGAUCGAGUUGCGGAAGUGGCUGCAGCGACUCCUCAGGCGGGUGCGGUUGUGGAAAGCUGUUUUGCGAUUUGCCCUGUUGAAGCCGAGGAUGGCCGCGGUCGUCGACCGCUUUCGACAGCGUAAAAUAGCCCUCCGCGAACACCGUUACCGCCGGUGGCUGCAGGGAUCUCUGCUGUUCGCGCACGUCAAGAAAUACGUCCGGAGAAGAGUCGCACAAAUGCGAAUCCGCAAGCAGCAGCUGCGGCAAAAUGUUGCCCUUCUCUGCGGAGUCCUGAAAGCAAAGAUAGCUUUUUCGAGAGCUCUGUCGGGGAUCCGCAAGGCGCGCAAGGAACUGGCCGAGCAAUUUCUCCACUUGUUCUUCCGCCGUGCCUUGUUGGUCUCGAAGUUCAAACAGUACGUUGCAGGACUCAGGGCCCGUAUCGCAGAGAAGCAUGAACGAGCAUCAAAAGCAAAGCGGAGUGAGGAGCUGUUGUGCGCAUUCUGGCGCAUCAGUCUGCUAAAACUCUUCCUGCGCCGCCGUUCCAAUACCAGACGGCUCAUCAAGCAAGCAGCGGAAACGCGCCGCGCGGAGAUCGCGAAGCAAAACGUUUCUGCCUUUGCCCGUCACGCGCUGCUCACCGUUGCGCUGAAACGAUUGCUGCAAACUGCCAGAGUGUCCCAACAGCAGCGUCGAGUGAAGAGGACAAGGGAGUUGGUGGAGUCCUUCGCGCGGGGGACUCUGAUGUUCGUCCACGUCCGGAAAUUUUUCCGCGCCGCCGUCGCCGAAAGGCGCGCCAUUCGAAGAGUCCGGGCGCAAAGAUACUGGGACUUCUUUCUCCGCUCGGUGCUGUUCCGGGUGUGUCUGCGCCUGCACAUCCGCGACUGGCGCUUCAACAGGGCGCUGAAGCUCGAGCAGGAGAAGAGGCGACAAAAGAAACUCCGGGUCGAGGCGCUGCUGCAAAGUCUGGCCCGCGGUUGCCUGCUUGCCGUGCACCUGCGCAGCUUCGUGAAUGCUCGGAGACUGGGCGCUAGGCGGAUCUUCGAGUUUUUGAAGGAGAGUGGGAAAUCGAGGGAGAACAAAAAAGAGGCAUUGUUGUCCCUGGUCGAUGCGCAUCGGAGGAAACGAAAAUUCGCUCGCGUUAAUAACGUCGGUUCCAGUUUUCCACCUUCGCUCCCUCGCGUCGACGACAUCUUCUGCAAGAUCAUGCACUUGCGCAGACUGCAGCUUCGCUGGCGCGCCUACAGAACCGCCAGAAAGCGGGACGAGAAGGACAAGCGCAUUCAGCAUUUUUGGCGCAAAUUCGUGCAAGGAGCCCUGCUGGUGCUGCACAGCAAGAGAUACAUUCGCAGGAGGAGGUACAAACGGGACCUUACGAGGUCCUUCGCGCGGGCUGUUUUUUUCUCGAUCCGGCUGCGACGCUGGAUCCGCAGCAUGAAAGAAACGUUUUUUCUUCGCCGCGUCGAAGACCAUGUUGCGCGCGUGCACACCCGAACGAAAUUUUUGCAAAUUGUCACCGGUCUGGUGUUGUUCAAGCGGGCAGUCAAGGCCUGGGUGCGCAAGCGACGCGCACGGCGCAGUGGAUCGACUUCCCUCAAAACCCCCGCGCCUGAGUCCCCGCUGCUGCAGAAGUUUGUUGCCGCAACGCGCCUGUUCCGCCUGCUCCGAAGGUGGAUCAAGGCCUCUCGGCAAAUUACGCAGCAAUCUUUGCUGGUGGUUGCGAGGUCGUGCCAAUCGGAAGCAGUAGUAGUAGAGCCGGCCAUUAAAGAUGAUAGCCUGAUGAAGGACAACAAGAAACCAGACCGCGCGAGCUCCCUUCGGGUGAGCAGCACGGUAUCCACCUUUAUCAGCGGAAAUUCAGCUGCUACCUCUUCUUCCUCUACCGCUCUUCUGCCGUCGACCGAGUCCGCAAUUGUUAGUGUCGGAGGACCCGCCGAGGAUGAACGUGUGAUAGACCACCAGAGCGGUGGUGAGUUGGUGCUCGCAAACAGCGCUGUGAAUACGAACAGCGAUGGCACCGUCGUGACCAUGACAGCGGCGAGUUUUUCCCAGCUGGUAAAUCGCAUUGGUUCCUUGGAACAGCAAGUCAAGUCCUUCAACGACCAUAUGGCGUUCUCAACUGUGACAUUCUCAACUCUUACAUGAAUUUGUGAUGCAAGAGUGGCAAAAGUCAAAACAAACCAGGGAGGUUGCACCUGUAGCAUUACAAAUUCUGCACAGAUUUAGGUACUGUUUAGCCUUUCAAAAAUUUGCCAUGCGAAGUAGCUUCACCUUGUGGAUGUUGAUGUAUAUUUUGCAUGGCAAAUCUAUCAUGUAACAGUUGAGAAUGUAACGUGUGAGAGUCCCAUAGACCAGCGCGAGCGCAUGGAAUCACUCGAGCGCGAGGUGGCGAAAGUUCCGACCUUGGAGCGACAGGUGAAGUCGCUCGGUAGCGAGGUGCGACGCACGAAUUCCCGGCCUGCGGUGUUGCGCGACAGCAAAAGCGUCGGCGAACAGAGCUUACGGGCCGCUCCUGGGACAGCGGGACCACGCUCAGAUCGAGGAGAUGAUCAUGUCUCAGCCGUUGCGCAACCUGGUAGUUCCAAGGGAGCUGCGUCGAGCUCAAGUUCCAAGCGGCCCGACCAAGCACAGCAACAACCGCAUUCCAGUAGUUGUAGCGGAAGAAUUUUGGUGGACCUCCAUGGCAAGAACCUUGUUCAUCGCGACCAGCGUGGCUCUACGUCCGUCGCAUCGCGUUCGCGGGACGCCCCGAUCUUUACCGGUGGACGCGAGAACCACGUAAACACGUCGCGGUCGCGGUCGCGCAGUAAGCCUCUCACAGGUGCACGGCUGUCCGACCACCAACCCGGCGACAGUAAGAACCUGAACGGCAACAUCAACCCCGCACGCAUGUCGGUGAUACGGCCGAGCCCCUACGGUGGUGGGGGCCCAAAUCACCUCGUGACACCUAUGUCGGCCGCAUCCUCCAUCAAGAAUCGCGCGCUGUUGCAACACAGCAAAGACAAUGACAAAGACCACGACAUCCUGAAUCUCGGCCGUUCGUCCUCCUUGCGAAUCGACCCGACGGGGUCGCUGAGCGGCGCUGCCAGGAGCAGUGGCGCCCUGCAUCAGAUAUGCGAGGACGACGACGCCAGCAUGCAGCAGAGGCAAAAGUCGUUUUCCUCGGCGCUGCCCCGCGCGUCCUGUCGAAGCCGGUCACGAAGCAAAAGCGGAUCCCUGUUCGGGGCCGCGAAUCAGCGCGGACCUAGUGUUGGCGAGGGUGAACAAGAUCAUGCCGUCGAAAACAAGGAAAACGUCGAGCAAGUGGGCAAGUCACUGCGAAAGAAGAGUCAUCCCCUGCAAGAUUUGCACAUCGACAUGUCUGAGGGGGUGCAGCAGAUUCUGCACAGCAGCAGUACCAAGAACGCAGAUACAGAACGAGGUGCGCAGGCGGCACUGCGGAACGGCUCGUCGCCGAAAAAUGACUCUACAGCAUCUGAUGUUGUUGCCAAAGGCUCGGAACGAAAACCAAAAGAUACAAGCAGGUAACAAGGUUUUCCUGAGUGGUAUUGAUAUUGUAACACUCUUGGCAGUGUAGAAUUAGGGGAGGCUUGUUGAAGCGAUUUCCAUUAUUUUGUGAUAUCUUUCUUCGAUAUGAUCUUAUUUCUACUCAACACACAAACAGAUCCUCCUCCGCCGCACCGAACUCGAAUAAGAUGAGGCUGGGUCACGACAGUGCCAGCAAGCGCAUUACGGAUAACCUUCGGACCGGAUUUGGGAAGAAAGAUCCGGCCUCGCCCCCAAUGGUGUCGCCCGAUGCGUUCCAGAAGCCUCCCCGUCCGGAGCCGUCGAGUUUCAACUACAACAGUGCCCUGAACAAGCUCAACGAUGUUGGUGGCGGCAACACAAAUGGCGCGUCCAGUUCCAGUUCAUCUUCCAAUGCGAUUACCCCCUUUGUCUUCCCGCAAGACUUGUCAAGUUUCGAAGACCGAGUGAACUCUAUCGCGAACUACGAGGAGGAAGAUGGCGUACUAGUGCACGAAGAGACGCAUUACAUACGUGGGGAUUCGUUCGGUACCGUGUCGCUGCGUGACCACGUCCUGCAACAGCAGCAGCGCCGGGAAAACAUGCAGCGUGGGAAGGGAAACGGCGGGAGUAAAUAG